ACAAACAUGGAGCGAACUAGUAGCAUCAGGAGAAAAGCCAUGGCAAGGCAACACAAGGCUGAAGUCAUGAUUGCUGGGGAACAACUAAGGUUGAGGCUUCACGAUGGAAAACUGAUCAAGGAUCGACGCUACCAUCUGCGCACAUAUCCUAACUGCUUUGUAGCACAGGAGCUUAUAGACUGGCUGGUGAGCCACAAGGAGGCUCCUGAAAGAGAAACUGCUGUGUGCCUCAUGCAGCACCUCAUGGAUCAUGACAUUGUUCACCAUGUGUGUGAUAAAAGGCCUCUCUUCAAGGAUGCUAAACUGCUGUAUCGUUUCCGUAAGGAUGAUGGCACAUUUCCCUUUAAUACAGAGGUGAAAAUCUUCAUGAGGGGACAAAGACUGUAUGAACACCUCAUUGGGGACAAGAACUCCAUUCUGCAGCUACGAGAGGAGCAUGGUGUUGCAUAUCAGCGCUCCUUUCCUGGCUGCCAGUUAAUUGACUGGCUCCUUCAGAAUGGAGAGGCAGAAAGUCGGCGUCGGGGAAUAGAGCUGUGUCGGGCAUUGCAGGAGCAUGGCAUCAUUCAGCACGUGAAAAAGAAGCAUGAUUUCUUUGACAGUGGAUUGCUCUAUCACUUCUGCAUAAAUUUUCGCCGUCGUCGCCGCCUUUCUGAGCUGCUAAAUGAAAGUGAACAAGACACUGAUGAAACUAUUGUGGUGUCAACACCAGAGGACAGCCAUCUUGAAAGUCCAUUUGUUCUGCGCAAAAGCCAACCUCAGGAAUGCAACAAUGCUUUUCAGUCAGUGGGAUCAACUGGGGACUCAAAACAGCUUACCAGUGGACGACGAGGAAGCUUGAACUCUAUUCAGCUUCACACUGAUGGAUUUCAACUGCUGUCCUCAACAUCGGUGGUGAGAUGCAAUCCUAAAUCAGUACUUCGAAGACAUGUUACAUGUGAUGAGUUACUGGCACAUGGUACACCCUUCAUCAAGAAAGUUUUGACGGUGAUAGGAGAUGCAUUGGGAUGGGGCUUUGUUAUCAGAGGUAUGGCCCCUUGCUAUGUGCAAGCUGUUGAUCCUGGAAGCCCUGCAGCAGCUGCUGGUGUUAAGGUUCGCCAGUUUGUGUGCCAGGUGAAUGGACAGUGUGUUCUCUACCUGGACUACAGGACGGUCACAAGAUUGGUGAUGACAGGGACUCGCACUGUGGUACUGGAGGUGAUGGAGCCACUGGAAUGA